AUGGCCAGAUCAUCGGUACUUCCUCUGGUCCUCUUUGCCAUACUGUUUCUUCUCAUUUCCUCCCCAAGCGCGGCUGUCGAGCGAAAUCACCUAGAGCGCCGGGCUCGCCAGAAAAGCAAACCGACAUCCUCAGCGUCUUUCGGCUUCCAGCAGCCACAGCUACCUCUGCAAGAGAGCGAGCCAGGCGGUGACAACUCGCAGUCGCAGCUACUUUUGCAACAGAGCGAGCCAGGCGGUGACGAUUUGCAGCCGCAGCUAUCUCAGCAACAGAGCAAGCCAGGCGGUGAAAGUUCCUCCCGUCCCGUCGCUCUUCAACCUCGGAUCGAUGAGCGAAAUAGCUCUAAUGACGACGGCCCAUCGGCAAUUGGUUCUUCUGAUUAUUCUCCUCCUUCGUCAAGACGCCCUUCCAAGAAAGGCAAGGAAAUCGAUAGCGCAGGCGGUCCCCCGGGCCAGGGAAAGACCAGUGCCAGACGUUGGAGCAGAAGUGGUAAACAUAGGAUAUACGUACACUGGUGGGAGAAAGACGUAGAGAGCUUAUUGCAUUUGAAAGCUUUUUGUGAAGAGGAGCCCUCCGAAAAAGCGAUACAAGAGCUCUUUGACGAGGUGUGCGCAAGAACGGGUCAGACUGAUGGGCAGAUCGCUUUAACCAAUCGAGAAAAAGAGAAUCUGACCCGUGAAGCCAAGUUUCGAUUCUAUCACCUUUGCGAGAAAGCCUAUGCCAAGGCAGGGAAAGUUUAUAGGAUAGCAGUAGGAGCUCAACGCCUCUCCACAUGGACCGACGAAGACAAGCAAGCACUUCAGAAGGCAGAAAUCGACGAAAAGUACAAAAAGUCGCUCUUGGAUCGAAUAGAGGAGGCAAAAUGCCACUCUAAGAUGAAGCGAAAGAAGGAAAGAAAGACCCCCUCAAGAAAGAAGAGAAAAGACGAGUCGGAGGGGUGA